AUGGAUGAGGCAUUUAUUUUGGUCGUGAGUUACAUUGCUAUUGCAGUUUACAUCUGUACUGUUUUUGGAAAUAUUCUUGUUAUAGUGGUUAUCCAAAAGGACAAGAAACUGCGGAACAGUCCAAACACGUUCUUUUUGCUAAGUCUCGCCUAUUCGGAUUUCUUUUUCGCUAUUUUCAUUUUUUUGGAUAUAAUUAUUCUCUCGAACGAAGUUACAAUUUCGUACUUUGAAUUUUUCUUCAACGCACUUGCUUCAAUCUAUAUUUUAGUUGCCCUAGCGGUGGAGAGAUAUUUUGCGAUCCUGAAACCCCUCGUGCACAUGACAAGAGCAAGAAAAUGUCUACUUGUUAAAGUUUUGCUUGCGAUAUAUGCCGUCGCUAUCGUCUUAAGUGCGCCGGGAUAUCUCAUCUCUUAUGGAAGAAAGAAAAUCGACAAUAAUCUACCAAACACAGCCUCUAAUGGAACUGAAGUCGUACCUGUUUGGUUUCAAACUCUAAACAGAGUUUAUUCUUUUGUGCUCUUCAUAUUUGGUUACAUUUUGCCGUGCGCUGGCAUUAUUUUCUGUUAUUCCCGCGUCAUUUAUCGGGCAUGGUUCCAAACCGACUCCAAACGAUCAACAGAUCAUGGCCUGGUAAAGGCUCGACGCAAGUUGACGAAACUAUUUAUUCUUGUUACUGUCAUUUUCGUGCUUACUUGGACGCCGACUUUUGGAAGACUCAUCGUUACAGAAUACCACGAACGCAAUCAAAAUACCUUGAAAUUCGAAUUGUUUUCCAUGUUGCUUGGGCUUGUUGGUGCCGCAGCUAAUCCGGUGAUAUUUUCAUUUCGUUGCCCAAAAUUUCGACGAGAAGUUGUCAAGUUAUUGACCUGCCAAUGGUGUUUCAAACCAAAGAUACGGCCGCACAGUAGCAACGUUAUUGGGAAGAAAAGCUACUCUUGGACAGCUAUGAAGUCAAAAAGA